GUGCAAUACUUACAGAUCUCGGCCGAGACACUCUUGUGGAUUAAGUAGUCUUCUUUUCUAAGCCACACUAGAAGAGCUCAUCCUCACGCUGUCUGUAUGCUGGGCACUGCCAUCACGGACACUAUGGAUGUGGCACAGUGAGCUGUUCUGUUUGACUCUUUUCCUUCUGCACAGCACUGUACUUUAUCCAUCGCUCAUCAUUUUUUGACAUCCGUUUUCAUUUACUUAUCUACCACAUCCAACCUCCUCCAUCUUGUUUUGCUCUUUUUGUCAUUCCCAUACCCUUCUGACUCUAUGUGCACCCUGAUUAAAAUAGCUUUCAGCAUUUAGUUGUUAGCUGCCUGCAUCUUUCCAAGAAGAGAGCUUUUAAGGGGUCACUCCGGCAUUCACCAUCCUUUGACACCCAGGACUAACCUGCAUCAUCUCAUAAACCCCCCCACCCGCCCACCCACCCCAGCAGGGUGGGAUGGGGAGGGAUUGGGUGAGUUAGCCAGGGGCUCAGGGGUUAGCAACAGGACGGGCAAUGCAAGAUAGGAGAGGACGAAGAGAAGGAAGAGGUGGAAGUAGGUGUUCCCGAGGCAAUUGGAAGCUGAGGAAGGGAGGCAGCCGUACUGCUAUUCCGGCACUCUUCACCAUCACUGAGGAAGAGGAGGGACAGAGGCGAAGAAAUGCUUGCAAGAAGAAGAAAAGAGAAUCUUACUCCCUGUAUAAGUCUGACGAUGGCAGACUGUCUUCGGCUACCUGUCCCAGCUCCUCAGGCUCUGGCCAGACCUACACUCCCAGCGUGACUCCUGUCCCCACUCCCAGCACUAAUCUUACCAUCACCAGCAACAGCACUAGUAAUUAUGCUGCCACCAAAACGGACUCGUUGCUUUUCAACAAGAUUGACGAGAGACAGAGGUUGGCCCGUGAGCGCAGGGAGGAGCGUGAGAAACAGAAUGCUUUCAAGGAGGCACAGUGGCAGGCGCGCGAGGAUCGGGCCAAGCAGUAUUAUGAGAAACACCUGGAGGAGAGGAAGAGACGACUGGAGGAACAGCGGAUAAAGGAGGAGAAGAGGCGAGUUGCUGUAGAGGAGAAACGACGACAAAAACAGGAGGAGGACCGGGCACGUCAUGAGGCAGUGAUCCGUCGCACACUGGAGAGGAGCCAGAAAACCAAACAGAAGCCCAACCGCUGGUCUUGGGGAGGAGCACUGCACACAAACACUCCCAGCAUAGCAAGCGGUUGCGUUGAGUCGGCUUUCCUCUAUCCACUCGACCUUGCGGGACUGGAGCACAUGCAGAGUGCUUUCAGUCUCUACCGCAGACACGGCACAACCUCCCAAUAUGUUGACAGAAGGUCAGUGUCCACUAUGAACUUAUCCAAACAUACAGAUCCCAUCAUUACCAAGCGCCUCUCCUCCUCGUCUGCCACACUCCUGCACUCACCUGACCGAGGCUUACGGAUGAGAACAGCCUCCUCUCCUGCCAUAAGCAAAGCUCAUUCGAAACCCCGCCUACAUCAGGGGAAGACCCCACAGCAAAAAAACACAGGGCUCCGCCGCCUACCGUUGACCCCAUGGGAGAGCAAUAUGGUGAACCGUCUGCAGCAGCCUACACACGCCUACCUGGCACGCAGCUGCAGCGCCGUUAGUCUGUCUGGAGAUCAAACGGCGCUGCCUGUGUGUCCUCGAUCAGUUUCCUGCCACCCUAUGGGCUCCGUGUCCUUCAAGACCCUGCAGGCCCAGCCGCUCCCUCACUGUCGCAGCCAUGACAGGAGCCUGAGCAGGGAGAUGGUUUCCUCGUCCUCCACCACCCCACGGAGGAGAACCACAGGAACAACACAACAAAAGCGGCCGAAGGACCGUGACAGUGUCAGGAAAUCAUGGAGCAACCUGUCUCUCCCCCUGGCUCCCAUUCUGACUUUACCCCCCAGCAAACGCACCACUUCUCCAGGCAAGAAGACCAGCAAAACUACAGCUCCCUCUCCUGGCAGACCUCCUCAGAAGUCAGCAGGACGACCUCCGACCCCCAAGUUGCUCAAGUCUCCAGCAGCGGAGGACCCUGGAAACCUGCGUCCUGUCAAAAUCCCCCCCGAGAGUUCUAACCACCCAACACCAACCAGAUCUCAGGAGCAGGAGGAUGACCAGGUCCUCAGCCCUUCACAGCCUCGACCUCAGCCCUUGGGUCAGAACAGGACCCUGACUGAACCCACACCAACUGAGAGUGUUGGCUCUCCUCCAACCACCAAGACUUCAGCUGGUACCACAGAUCCGGAGGAGGCGAGUCGUAUCCUGGCUGAGAACAGACGACUGGCCCGAGAGCAGCGAGAGAGGGACGAAGAGAAGCGAAGGCAGCAAGAGGAGCAGGCGAGAUUAGCGAAGGAAGAGAUGGCUCGCCGUAAGGCAGAGGAGAGAGCAAAGAGAGAGGAGGAAGCUCGGCGCCAGGCAGAGGAGAAGGGAAGGAAAGAGGAGGAGGAGAAACAGGCAGAAGAAGAAGAGAAGCUUCAGAAAGAGAGAGAGGAAGCAGAGAGACUCCAGAAACAGAAAGAGGAGGAAGAGACUCGACAGAGAGAGGAGGCCGAGCGUCUGAGGCAGGAGAGAGAGAAGCACUUCCAGAAGGAGGAGGCUGAGCGCCUGGAGAGAAAAAAGCGUCUUGAGGAAAUCAUGAAGAGAACAAGACGCUCAGACCCAACAGAAAAGAAGGUCAGGAAUGGAGACGAUACAGUGACCCCCACCUCCCCUGCUGCAUCCACGGUGUCCCCGAGGCACAAUAACAGCAACACCGACACCACCAGCACAGCACCCGGCAAACCUGCACAGAGUGAGAACGGGGAGUUUGAAGAGGAGAUCGUACUACCUUCACAUUCCAGGUUGUCUCCUCCUGAAGGGGAGGAGAAGCAGCAGCAGCAGCAGCAGCAGCAGCAGGAGGAGAGAGUUCCUGUCAUAGCCUUCACUGAGAAUGGCCUCCAGAAGCCUCUGAGUGGAGUAGAAGAUGUAUCCAUCCAGCAGGGACCAGCACGCACCUCCCUGCAAACAUAACACAUACAGGACUGAUGUUGGUUCCUUCUUACCUCCAGAUGUGGCCUGAUGUUGUGUUGGGGCAUGAUGAAUCCACACCCGCAGACUGGAAGAGAGGUCCGAGGAGCGUGGAGAAGCAUGGGGCUGUUGGACUGGAUCAAAGGAAGGAUUCGCAGCACCAGAUUCACACUUUGACACUCCCUUCCACGGUAGACGAGCACCACAGCCAUUCCCCAAAGACGGCAUCUCCAAAGAUCUCCAUAAAGCAUCUCCGACAGAAGUAUCUUUUUCCUCAGCAAACUCUCUGGGACAGAGCUCCUCUGUCUGUGACCAUGACGAUACUUGGUCAGACCGUUUGUUUUGUGAGCAGCCUCAGUUUUCCUUGAUUCUGAAUUAGAUGCCCUGAAACGGGGUAUUGAACUCUUAUUCAACCUUUUGCUAAUUGAUUGAAAAACUAAUAAUGUAAACAGAUCGCCUGUUAAGCCUCCAGCCAAGAUACUGGAAGAGUUUUGUUGCUGUAGACAUCAUUUGAUCAUAUUUUGACAGUUGGUUAUGCGACUUUAACUGGAACAUAUACAACAGGCUCUAAAUGAAAGGGUUUCAUUGUUGUUUACUUUUUUAAUGAAACCUCAUAAUUCUCAUGCUUCAACGUUUAGGUUGAAAAGUUACAGAACAUAUGAGAUGAAUGAGUCUGUUCAUGAAGAUGUCUCAAGACUUACUUGAAGGUGUGAUGUCAUAUCUAUGUUCUGCUUCGUCUAGUGUUUAAAACUGUCAUUUGAUUUGGCGGGGGUGAUUGAGAAUCACAAACUGUAUGGUUUAAUAAUGACAAUUUGAAACUACUGGUCUCUCAGGCAACUGGGAAGUAGGGUGUAUACUUCUGAUUUUUGUUUAGUUCUAUUUAAUUGCUGUACAGAAAAAAAAAAGCGAUUCUCUAUGUUGUCCUUAUACUGUCUUAAGUUUUUGUUCAAAUUUAGAAAUGGAAACUAUUUCUACUUUGGCUUCAAGCCCUUUCCUUUCAUUUAAUUCUUUGAGUUAAACCCUGUCAUACUAACUCAGACACUGAGCAGUGCAGGUGACCUUUGCUUUGGCCAAGCCAGUACAAGGAAGAGGAUUUGAAUAAUUCACUGAUGUUGAAAUAAUUUGAUCUUUUGAUGACGAAAUGCUGCUAAUCCUAAUGUUCCUUUGCCUUACUUCUCUGCAGGAGUGAGGUGAUUGUUUUUGUUUUUUUUUUGUCUACACUGACGUGAAUACAUGCAUUUCUGGCUUGAGAUGUGACUGUCUUACCAUCUCCCCAAAAGGUCCCGAGGCUGUCGUUCAAUACGAGUAUGAAAGGCUGAUUAAACGUUAAAUCACCACAACAGAGCAAUAAUCACAAACUGUUAAUUCCUCAUACGGAUUCAAUAUGAAAAGGUAAAGAGAUGCAAUAAAACAUUAGCACUUGGCCGUUCUGCUUGAGUGAUGUUCACUCAGUGCCCAGUAAUGCUGCCCUCUGACUUGUGCACUUCACUUUCCUUGGUUCUUAUCUUGCAGUAGUACCACCAAAAUGAAGUAAAUUAUCUUAAGUGCUGCAGGUUUGUGCGAAUAGUAGACAGCAUGCUGUUAAAUAAAUUGAUUGUAAAAGUUAUGCAAAGUGGACGUUUUAAGGCUGCACAGCUUUGAAAACUGAAAAGCCCAUUGCUUCAGAUGACUGUGUGGCUGCGAGUUCUUGAAGUAUUGUGCAACCGAAAUGUCUGUACCGAUGUUGCAGCUAUGUUAUUUGGCAAGUAAAUAAAUUUUUGGGGAUUAAUUAACACAUGGAAA